GCUCUCGCUAUUCAAAUUUUCGAUAAGCUUCUUUCUUACUUCUCUUACUUCUCAAGAAUGCUGUUCUUAUUAUCGUCUAAUGCGCGCCAACACCGCUUCUACUUUGUCAAACAUGUUAAUCCAAUUUUUAACUCAUCUCUGUCUUAAGUCUUUUUCAGUUUCGAAUGAUGCCGCACACAAACGGAAAAAAAUUUAUAGAUUAACAUUCAGUUGCUCAAUAUGGAAGUUUCCGACUAAAGUCUAUUAAUGAUGACGUUAUUGCGUUUCAGACGCAAUCGGGCUAUUAUCACUCGGACGAUAAGAAGAAAUUUAAUAAUUAAUCAGGUUUCUUAUCUCAGUGAUACGGAAUCCUCACCGUGCUCGUGCGUUAUUUAUAGUCGAGCAUUCAGAACUACAUCUUCGCUCUACAGCGAGAACAUACAGAUUAUUUGGAAGGAUAAUGUUGGAAAAUGUGGACGUGGAUCGCGCGUGGCGACGAUACGCCUUGUAUAAGCAGCCACCAAAGGAGAUACUACGACCAUUCUCAUUGCCGGAAAAGACUUUGACGGGUCCCGGUCCCAGCAACUGUUCGGAUCGAGUUCUCGAUGUUCUCAGUCGACAAGUGCUUGGUCACCUUCACCCCGAGAUAUGCCAGUUGAUGAAUGAAAUCAAAGCGGGGCUACAGUAUGCGUUUCAAACUAGGAAUAGACUCACUCUGGCAUUGAGCACAUCCGGACAUGGCGGGAUGGAGGCUUGCUUGGGAAAUUUGCUCGAAUGCAACGAUACCGUGCUGAUUGCUAAAUGCGGCAUUUGGGGAGAACGAGCGGCGGAUAUGGCUGAUCGUAUUGGCGCGAAGGUAGAAUUUCUGGAGACCAAACACGGCAUGGCUUUCGAACUGAACGACUUGGAGGUGGCUUUGAAGAAAUAUCGACCAGCAGUUGUGUUUGUUACUCAUGCAGAAUCGUCGACGGGUAUGAAGCAACCUCUGGAAGGUGUUGGGGAACUCGUUCACAACUACGAUGCUUUGCUGAUUGUCGACACUGUGGCGUCACUGGGUGGAGAACCGUUUUUCAUGGACGCCUGGCAAGUGGACGCGACUUACACUGGUAGCCAAAAAGUCCUCGGCGCUCCUCCAGGAAUAACGCCUGUUUCCUUCAGCCCGCGCGCAGAGAGUAAGUUAUUCCGGCGAAAGACGAAGCCAUCUGCUUUUUACUGGGACAUGAGAAUACUCGGGGAUUAUUGGGACUGCUUCGGCAGACAACGCGUGUAUCAUCACACAAUAAGUGCCACGCUGAUAUACGGCUUGAGGAUGGCCCUGACACAGCUUGCCGAGGAAGGACUGUCCGCUUCUUGGACCAGACACGCGGCGGCCGCCGCUAGACUUAAACAGGGCCUUCGAUCACGCGGUCUGCAAUGUUACGUCGAAAAUCCGCGCUAUCAAUUGUCGACUAUUAUUUCGAUAAAGUUACCAAUCGGCAUCGAUGACAAGAUCAUAGCAGCGCGAGCUAUGGAACGGUUUAAAGUCGAAAUUAGCGGUGGUCUGGGACCAACAGUUGGUAAGAUCCUGCGUGUCGGAUUGAUGGGAAUCAACGCGCAAUCUCAUGUCGUCGAUCUUGUGCUUCGCGCCCUCGACGAAGGACUGAAACAUGCCGUUAUAGCGAAAAUAUAGAAGAUUCACUAUUGCAAUCUUAUUAUCGAUAAUUGGAACGCAUCGAAGUAGAAUGUGGUUACAAUUAUUAUAGAUUUAGAACAUUGUAGGGACAAUACUAUUUUACUGCUCACAGACACACACACACAUACACACAAUAAUAAUCGUAAUAAUAAUAACAAUUUUUUAAUUAAUAAAUUGUUUUGGCACAGUACAGAAUAGCAUCGAUUCCAUUCUCUACAGAAACUUUCAAAGUGCGCGUGUCACAUGCUUCUCUCAGCGAAGGGGGUUUUCAUGUAGAAAUACAAAAGAUUUAUUUAAAAUCAUGGUAUCGUGUGUAUAUACAAGAUCCGAAAAUUUGUACGAAGUCACGGUAUACAGAUAAAUUAGAUCAAAUUAAACAAAAAAUUUCUCUAUGUUGCAAACAACCACGUAAAAUUUUAAGUUAUUAAUUAAGAAAGAUUGUUGAGUGAUUGUGCGCAAUGCGAUAUAUGAGUUAUGAUGAUGACGCUUGUGUACUUGCAGAUUUAAUUAAACUGAGGAAAAGAGUCCUCUACCAUUUUACAAAUAACACAUAGAUUUUGGAAUUAUAAUUAAAAAAAACUACGUGUUAUUUGUGCAAUAGUAGAGGGCUUUUUUGUUCAGUUUGACCCAAUCUACAAGUAUAACGCGCGAUUAUUUAGCAAUUUUUUUCAAUUAAUAACUCAAGAUUUUAUGUGAUUGUUCGUAAAAUGGUACAGAAUUUUCGUGUUUAGUAAAUUGUGUUUAGACUUAAACUAUCUGUAUAUCAGGACUUCGUAUCGAAUUAUCGGACACCGUGUAUAUGUAUAUACGAUGUCGCAUUACCGCACCGCAACAGAACACUUUUUUCAAACUUGUGAUUAUCGCGACAAAAUAUUUUAGCGUAACGCAAUAGAAUGUAAUUUGUUCCAUGAAAUAUCUCUAGCAACGUUCGCUUUUCGCCGCGCGUUUUUCUCUUUUACUAUUUUAUUAAUUGAUCACUAAGCUCUCUCCCUCGCUCGCUCUCUCUUUUUCUCUCUAGAUAACGACGACUCUUCCUUUCAUGCGAUGCAAAGUUACGUAUACACUGCUCAUCUCUUUACAUUUUUUUUUUUUAUGUUAACUGCCCCGGUAAAUUUUAUCAAAUAUAGACACUAAGCUCCACACAUAUCCCUGGAGCCCUCGAAUUUCUAUUCAAGUGUACAUAUAUAAGCGUUACGGAGACCGCACCGAUAAUCGGUAUAAUACGCAUGUAGUACGCCGAUAAACCUUACUAAAUAAAAGAGCAUAUAUACAUGAAGCAUGUCAGAAUAAGAGCAUGCUGCUUAAUUAAAUAGUUAAUAUUAACUCGUCUGUCUAAAUAAGACCGAUCACUUAUACAUGCGGAUGACUUUAAAUAAUCAUGACGAUAAUAAUAAUCGACAGUAAACAAUAACAUGCGCGGGGAUUUAGAAUGGCACUGAAAGCACGCACGCACGCAACCUAUGAUUCAAUGUCACCGAAGGUGAAAUGACCGAAGACGAGCUUAGGACACCUCAAAUCUCUUGUCGAAGUAUUUCGAGCUCAUGCAUUCGGUCAUUUGAUCUUUAGUGAUCUUGAGCCAUGGAUCUUCAUAUUCACCAUAAAAAGGGCUACAAACGUAAAUGUUUAAGAAGCUAUGAUUCAAUGUGAAAAAUUCAGAUUGACCUUCAUGUGGUUUUCACCCAUGAUGAAACUAUUACCGCUAUAUAACGUAGUCCUCGAAACCGUAAGAUUCUCUAGUUCUGUUUCCCUUUCUGUUAUUUAAAAUAGCAAAAACAUUUCACAAGUAUAGACAGAGUUAGCGUCUCACUUGAUAUACAGGGUGAAAAAUAAAAUUAAUUCGCGCGGACCAUGUACGAUAAUUCUUAUGAAAAUUUCAGUCAAGAAGUUUUGAGUCAUCUUUUCCGCGAAGCUUAGUAAAAUAUUAACUCUAAUCGGACUCCAGCGAACACACGCCGCUGAAAUAUCGUAGUUUUGGGAACACCCUGUAUAUGCGUAAUAUAUAAAUAUUACACUACAAUAAUUAAUGUAAGUGUUGCUAGGAUAAGAUCGAUUUCGACCGCUUAAUCAUACACGUGUAUAUACAAAUCAUUCACAUACUCAACGCUAACAUCACUGACUACGAUGCAUAUUCAUACGAUAAGGCACUUAUGGGGUACACGGAGAAUCAACUCCUUCAUAUAAAACACAUUAUGUCGAAUAAGAUAAUGUUAAGGCAUAUAUGUCGCCUGACAUGUUCCGUAAAUAUCUUUAUUCUAAAUUAAACGCUAUUUCCAAGUUGAAGGUUUGAAAAGAGAGAGGUGGAGGUAUCGACAGCUGUGCAAGUUCCUUCGCCAGUCAGCAGUCCUUGAGUUUCUGUUAUUACUAUUAUUGUUAUUUGGAUUAUAUACUAUCAUUGUCUCGGGGAUACUGCCCGAUAAAUUGCCGAUGAAGUUUACAAAAUUCAGAGUGGUGAUAUGUGAGACGGAGGAUUACAAUAUAUAAAAUUGAGAAACA